GCAUGUCAUAAAAAUCAUUUUCAUGAGAGUAAUUCACACCUUGAUUCCUGUAUUGUUUAACUUCAAUAGAUUUAAAUGUGAUUACUUGUAUCCCAACAGUAAAUAAUUCAGUGUGUGUAAACCACUAUUCGUGACAGUGUGGAGAUGUUAAAAAAAAUCAGUUCACUAGAUUGAUAAAAUGUGAGAAGUAUUCUAGAGAGACUGAAGGCUGGAGACCUCUUAGAAGCCCUUUAGCGAUCCCUGGGACACCCUGGACCGCAUGUUGGAAACCGCUAAUGGUCUGUAUUCCCUGGGUGGACCCAUGACAGACAGGUGGCGCUGCUUCACCGGCGCUGAUGGGUCGGCCAGUGUGAGGGAGCAGAAGUUUGUUCUGCGCUGUGUUUUUACGCAGGCGCAGAUCAUGCUGUUUGUCCAGUUUCGCUGGUUGACUUUUACCUGUGAGGUAGACUAGUUUCGGCUCGCCGGUGGAAAGAAGAGCUACCGAGCACCGUCCGGUCCAGAGGUGACAAGACUUUUUCCUCCUCCCCUCCUCCCCUGGACCGUGUGACUCAGGGGUUCCCGCUGCGGAGCGUCGGCCGGGAUUUCUCCGGGAUUUUAGAGUCGGUGCGCAACAGCGAGAGAGACAGGAGGCAGGUGCACGGGAGAGGAGGACAGGACAGGGGGAGGAGGAGGGCUGCUUCCGUGAGAGACUCCUGUCGUUCACACCACAACGAAUGACUGGAAAUCAACUGGUUGGCGCCUCGGUGGUCGAUUUGUGUGAGUUUCAUUAGUAUGCGGCAGGAGUCUCCCCGCUGCUGCCGACUGGACUGAUCGGCAGCCCUGAAGUCUCCUCCGUGGCUGCUGAGUGACUCCUCGCCCCGGGGAGGACGAGGAGGAGGCGGCGGCAGCACAAGCAGGACCCCGGCUGCACCGACUGGUCGGUGGGGCUCUUUUCACGCACACAGCGCGGACCUCCUCGCCCUGUGGAUCAAGAAGAUGAUGGGCUUUCUGCGCCGGACGUUCAGCCGCCGGUCACGGAGCCGGUUCCAGGCGAGAGAGGGGGACGAGCGGGACGGUAAAGGAGGAGCGGGAGGAGGGAUGACCGGGAACCCCCUGCUCAUGGCUCAUCAGCAGCAGGUCGUCCACGCGCCUGCCGUGGUGACCGGCGGAGCGUCGGUCCACAUCCCUGCUGCCGGGACGGCGCGGACAACCAUCACCUGCAGGGUCCUGCUGCUGGACGGCUCGGACGUCAAUGUGGAUUUGCCUAGCAAGUCCAAAGGCCAGGACCUUUUUGACCAGAUCAUGUAUCACAUAGAUCUGGUUGAGACAGACUACUUUGGACUGCAGUACAUGGACACAGACCAAAUCUCACACUGGCUGGAUAUGUCCAAGCUUAUAAAGAAGCAGAUCCAAGAUGGGCCACCAUUUAGACUGUUCUUCAGAGUGAAAUUUUACUCAUCAGAGCCAAAUAACCUGCGUGAGGAAUUUACAAGGUAUCUGUUUGUGUUGCAGCUUCGACAAGACAUCUUAUCUGGCAAAUUGAAAUGUCCGUAUGAAGUCUCAGUAGAGCUGGCAUCGUAUUGUUUACAAAGUGAGCUGGGAGACUGCGACCCCUUGGAGCACUCUCCUGAGCUGGUGUCAGAGUUUCGUUUCACUCCUAAACAGAGCGAGGCCAUGGAGGCGGACAUAUUCGGCAGGUGGCUGGACCUUAGGGGAAAGAGCCCGUCUCAAGCAGAGAUCUCCUUCCUCAACAAAUGCAAGUGGCUGGAGCUUUACGGAGUAGAUAUGCACUUUGUUAAGGGCAAAGAUGGAGGAGAGUAUGCACUAGGUCUCACUCCCACUGGCAUCUUGGUAUUUGAGGGCUCCAACAAAAUUGGCCUCUUCUUCUGGCCCAAAAUCACUCGGCUGGACUUUAAAAAGAGUCGACUCACGUUGGUCGUGGUGGAGGACGACGAUCAGGGCCGGGAGCAGGAGCAUACGUUUGUGUUCCAACUGGCAAGCUCCAAGACCUGCAAACACCUGUGGAAGUGCGCCGUGGAGAGCCACGCCUUCUUCCGGCUACGCCAGCCAGCCACAGGCAAAGCCAGCCAAAAUGACUUCACGCGUCUCGGGUCUCGCUUCAGAUUCAGUGGUAAGACAGAGUACCAGGCCACUCAUGGAGGCAGACUGAGGCGAGCCAGCACGUUUGAGAGAAGGCCAAGCAAGCGUUACCCCUCCCGCACACAUUCACUGGGUAAAGUUACCAUUUCUCCAGCCAAGCCACCACACAUCAGCUCUCACGCCAGCCCUGAUCCUAGCCUACAUCCGUACCAGCACAACAUUCCUAUUGGUCACGAGCCGUGGCACCCGCAGCAUCCUGCUCUCACACCCCCAGUUUACCUGCAGCCCUCUGGACGCACGCCUCCUCACAGUUACCCUCUGAGCGGUCCCGCUACAGACCAUCAGUUCAGCGUUGAGGAGAAUGAGACUUCUUAUUCUGGCAAGAUGCACCACCAUCAUCGUCGCCACACACACAGCCAGGACACGCUCUGCCAUACACACACCAAGAACAAACGUCGAGUUCCUCCCUGCCCAGCUGAUGAGUUGGAGAUCUCUCAGUCUCUUCUCAAGGCUCUGGAGUCGGACAGUGAUUCUCCUCCCUGGCCUUCACUACACGUCAACAUGGACAAGGGAGAUGAGAAGCAGCUGUCAGAAAAGUCUCUCCACCCUCCUGCCUCCCCAGCGAUGCUCCCAGACCACCUUAAGUGUAACAUCCUCAAGGCCCAGAUGGAAGCAGCUUUCAGGAAGGAACCUCCAACAACGCCUAGAGGAAAGAACUCAAAUGAGACCCUCAAUGACAGAUAUCAGAGCUCGUCUCAAGACUCAGCUGGAUCCAGUCUGACUGCAGACAAAACGCCCCACCGGCAAGAGCGCAACCCAACGCCAGAGAGGCCCCAACCCAAAGCCAACACAGGCACCAAUCGCAGGAAACGAUUGGUCAGACAGUUCAGCUUUAACCAUGAAGAUGAAGAUAAUCUACCAGAAGCACUCGCAGCCAUCUCCUCCCAGAGUAUGGCAAAGUCAGGCUCCAGCAGCUCAUUGGACAAACAGAUACAGCCGUCUAUAUACCCACAGGUGGAUAAUAUGCCAGCACUGGAACUGGGUAGUCCGUGCUGUCUCUCUCCUUCGCCUUCUCCCCACCUCUCCCCUUCUUACUACCGUAGCUCCAUUCCUCACCUGGUCCCUUACCUUGCUGCCCAUAACGACAGUGGAGAGGAAAUGAGGCUGGACAGAGAGAAGAUACUAAGAGCCCUCCUGAUGACAGAGCUCUGAGACAUUGACCCUCGACCCCUGUGACAUCGCUGCCAGGUCCAGCAGGCCAGGCAUUGAGGGUGGAAAGUGAAAGUGGAUAUUGGAGACCCAAAGGCGUUUGGCUGCAAUCAGCAUUUGUAUAUUUGCAUAAUACAUUCAGUAGGUGUGAAUAUAUGUAUAUUUGCAUAAAGGCAAUUGUUAUAUUUGCUGGUUACUUAAGAAGGAUCUUUAUAUUCUUAAAACUGAAAAUGUAUGAACUGUAAGUGAGCUUGAAUCAAACUGACUCGCAGGCUAACUGACUGACUCACACAUUCACACACAUUACAGAAAAGCUACAUAUGUGACUGGUGCUGCCUGCAUGAUAAAUAUGUUACAAGAUGAAAUGUUAUCUGAUUUGCUUUGAGGUUAUGUUUAGUUUUUAUGUGAUUUCAUCAUCACUGUGUCUUUGUUGAUGCCUAAACUGUGUUUCAGACAGCGACUGUUGAGGAAUUAUGGCUACUGCCAUCAAUCUCUACACUUUAAAAAAAAAAAAAAAAGUUAAAGGAUAGGUUCACGUUUUUUAAAGUCUACCUUAAAGGGGGCCAUAUACAUAUUUACAAGUCUAUAUUUUUAAUCAGGGGCUCUACAGGAACAUCUUUGCAUGAUUUACAGUUUUAAAAACUCCUUAUUUAUACUAAUCCUUUAUGCAGCCUCUCAGUUCAGCCUCUUUCUAAAAUAGACUGUUUUUACUCCUGUCUCUUAAAAGCCAUCCUCCUUAUGAGCCCACUCUGUUCUGUUUGGUUAGAUUUCAGAAGCUGCGUCAACACACCACAAAAUAAACUCUAGUUGUAGGAUUUUACUACAUUUUCUGGUUCUUUACUCAAAAACUCUCAAAUAUAUCUGGACUUGUUCAAGCCAGAAUCUCAUCCAAAUUAUGUUAGUAGAUAAGAAUAAAGAAGUGCAACAAUCUUAGCAACCAAGGCAACAGAAUAGACGAUAGUUUAUGGCCAGGUGACCCGACAUCAGCUUCGGAGCAGGUUUUUGACUUGCAGGGAGCAUUUCUACAUACAUUAACCUAAAGUUUUGGAACUCUGACCAUGUUUUACAUAGAUAUUUAACAUCAUAACUGUAUGUAAAUAACAGAAAACUAGAAAAUGGAUGAUAUGGCUCCUUUAAAACAAGACUCAUAUGUCCAUAUGCUGAUUGAAACUGUUUCUGGUUCCUGUAAUUGUUCCUGGACAUGAAAAGAUCCCCUCCUUAUGCAGUUUCAAUGUAGGGACAAAAUCCACAGUCCUUGUUCUUUACAUAAAUGAGUUCUGAAGUUCAAGAUUUGAGUUGGAUAAUUCAAACAAUAUUUUCCAAAGUUACAAUAUUUUUGUGUUUAAAAUUCCCCAUUUGUGUUACUGUGUCACAUCUCAGUAAGGAAACACUUCUGAAGAAGCAAAACAAGGGAACCUGGUUCAAAAAAGACCAACUUUAUUUUUUGUUAUCGUUCAAAUGUCGACAUGUAAGGGUAAGGCCUAAUUUUGAUGUUGGAUUACAUAAUUUGUGCUUUUUAAUUAGUAUCCUUUUAAAUUUUCUGUGAACUUGUGCUUCUUUAUAGAGUUGUGGGAGGUUAUUUUAAAAAUAUAAGCGAAGGUAUUCUUGGAAAAAAAGACUAACUUUGAAAGAUACCCACUUGAUUUGUCUAACUCAGACUGCUGAAGCCUCAUAUUAACUUCAGCUGAACUUGAUGCAUUUUUGCAGACUGUAGAUUUAGUCCCCGAUCACUUACAUCAGGAUCACUUUAGGAAAUGAACUGUUUUAAUAUGCGUAUUGGCAUAUGAGUACUGUUCUUAGAUAGAACUGAAAAGGUGAACCUAUCAUUAGUAAAUUCACUUUCAAAUCAGUUUGUUCAAAAUGUAAAUAGGACUUGUAAUUAAUAUGCUGAUAACAGAGCAGACAUUGUAAAUGCUUAUUUCCUUACUGUAUUUAUUUCAAUGUCAGAUAUCUGUUUUGACAUGCCAAAACAUUUGCAAAACAUUAAACAUUUGACUGUCUGGACAGAGUGUAUUGAAAGUGAACUGUAUUCUGACUCAGUCUUGGAGACGCAGAAAUGGGACUGUACUGCGAGUAUCUGCAGGUUUUUGUGUGCGGACAGUUGCAGCCUCAAUCUUCCCACUAGAAGGAGACAAAUCUGCAGUAACUGCUCCUGUGGCAGCUGAACACAUUUAUCUUGUUUUACAGGUUGUCAUGAGAAACAUUUGAAUACAGCUUGUUUUUUUUUUAAACACACAGUGUGAGUUUCUCAUCCAAGUUCAAAUGCAAAACUGGUAAUUAGGUUAAAGCGUAACUGUGCCGCUCAACAACAUUGUCAGCCCUUGU